AUGAAGAUCCUCCUCCUUGAUGGUGGCCUGGGGACAACACUCGAGUCUUACCCUUUCAAUAUCACCUUCACCUCCGAGACCCCUCUCUGGUCGUCGCACCUCCUGAUCUCCUCCCCAUCCACCCUCCAAUCCGCCCACCGCGCCUUCUACGACGCUGGAGCAGACAUCCUGCUGACAGCAACCUACCAGUCCAGCAUUGAAGGUUUCGCAAGGACAGACGCAAGCCACACGAUUAAUGAUGCGGGAGACUACAUGCGAUCUGCCAUUCCGCUCGUCCGAGGCGCCAUUCCCUCCUCUGCGAGGCAACGUCCACAGCAGUGUCGCGUUGCGCUGUCAUUAGGCCCCUAUGGUGCAACGAUGUCCCCAGUUGCGGCGGAGUACACGGGGGCUUAUCCGCCUGAGAUGGAUGGGGAGGAUGCGUUGAGACAAUGGCAUGCGGGACGGCUGAAUGUGUUUGUUGACGAUCGUGAAUCGUGGGACCAGGUCGACUUUGUCGCAUUUGAAACACUCAUCAGGGCGGACGAGGUUUGUGCUGUACGUGGAGCGAUGAAGGACGUUUGCGUAGGACCUGAAAUACACAGAAGGCGAAAACCCUGGUGGAUAUGUGGUGUCUUUCCCGCGGAGGAAGUGGACAGAACCCAGGUUAGACAGUGGGUGGAUGCGGCGGUUGGACAGCGCCCGGGGCUGCCGCGACCAUGGGGCAUUGGGCUGAACUGUACGCGGAUUGAAAACGUCGCAAAAAUUGUUGCGAUCAUGCGCGACGAGUUGCAUUGCUUGCUGAGCAGGGGCAAGGAAGAUGGCUUCGUGGAUGAGUGGGACGCAGCGUCGGGUAAACCAUGGCUGGUGUUGUAUCCGGAUGGCACGAAGGGCGAGAAGUACGACCCUGUCACCAAGACAUGGGUGGCGCGGGAAACGGUUGUGCGAUGCCCGUGGGAUGAGAGCCUUUGGGAUGUGGUACAAGGGCAGUCAGAAGGGGACUGGGAGGGCAUCAUUGUCGGAGGGUGCUGUCGCGCCGGGCCAGCUGACAUUGCGGCAUUGCGUCGGAGAAUUGAUUCAUCCCUUCACUGA